UCACCAAACUCCAUUUACAACUAUGAGUCAAAAUUCAAACAGAAUGAGCUUUGGGCCCACUGUUGAGCCAGAUAUCUCUUUAUCAUCAGUCUCACAAGAAGAAGAGGAAGAUAUGGCAGACCUGGGUAAGACAAUAGCACUUGAUCUUGACGAUGAAAGUGAUGACGGAAUGGACCUGAUGAAUAUGGACAUCACUCCAAAGAAGGAUAACAAGUUAGAGAGAGCGAAAGAAGGGAAUAGAGUACAGAAAGAAAAUAUUAGUGAUAAUUCACAAGAACCGAUUUCAGUCACACCUGAACCAAGUAUUCGAGAGGGAGAUAAGAGAAAGCAGAAUAUGCGAGAGCCAAAGAAGUGGGGAAACUAUAACCCGUUCAAAAUGGAUCUAAAAGCUCAGCAGAAGAACCAAAAAGAGUCUUCUAAGGAGACCUCUCAAAUGAAUUCAAAUGAGCACGUUGCUCAAAGAAAAGAGAGGAAUCCUCCGAAAUAAAUUUCAGCCUAAACAGCUCAAUAAGUUCAGGAGGCCUCAUCCAGGAAUGGUUAGAAGAAGGAAUCAAAGUGAACUUACUGCGAUUCAGGAGCAACCUGGAGAGGAAGAAGAUAGAAGCCUUAAGAAAGCCAACAUCAAUCAGAAAAUCACUGAUGAAAAGUCAGUGAAGAUGUCAAAUAAUAGUCAAGACAAAGAUCAGCAAAAUUAUGAGCAAACACAGCAAGAAUAUGAGCUAAAGGUCCCAAAGCGGGAGAAGAGCUUUAGUGACUUAAUCAAAAUUGCGAACAAAGAGGUUGAACUAGAGCAGAGAAAGCAGAAUGAAAUCAGCAAUAGCGAGAGAAAACCAGCGAACAAGAGAUUUCAGAGACUCAAGCAGCCUCCUAAGGAAUAUGAGGAAGAAGAUGACUUGGAAUUGUACAAGCAAGAUUUUGUAGAAGUCUUAAGCCAAAGCCAGACUAGUGACUCGCCCUCCUUCAAAGAUACAAAGGAUGAUUAUCUUUGUACUGAAGAGUUCCAGGAUAAUGGAACAUUGGACAAAGAGAGAACAAGUUGCACGGAAAGAAGUCAACCUAAGAUCCAGAGGUAUGAAUACCUCGUUGGCUUAGUUAACCAGAUCAAGAGAUUGAAGAAUCUUGAACUAAAAAUGGUAGAGAAAAAGUAUGACGACCUUCAAGAUGCAGUGACUAAUAAUUUUCUCUACCUUGAAUCCCAGAAUGAUAAAGCAACGAGAGAGGUAAAGGAGCACAAUUCUAUCAUAGAUACAGCCAGUAUGGCCCUAGACUCUUUACUAAAAUCAUGCAAGACUCUAAACCAGAUAAGAAGAGAGGAUUAA